AUGUCUUCAAAGCUCACCCCCGAGCAACAAAAGGGGUUUGAUGAAAUCGCCUACAAGGUGGGCGAAUACGUCGAACGCUCCAACUUGAAGAAUCCGCAUCUGGGCCCCGACGCUGCUGAGCUCGACUCCAUGACCAUCGCCCAGUUCGCCGAGAAGAAAUUUGGCGGCACCUUGGUGGCCCGUCUCUUUUUUACUGAGCUCGCCAAGGGCUUGGUUGGCACGCAGCCUGAACAGAUCAGCGCACUGCACCUCAUCGGCUACAUCAAAAGCGGUGGUGGUCUUGCUAUCAUGAUGUCUGAUGGCAAGCAUGGCGGCCAGUACCUCAGGAACCGUCAGGGACAGCAGCAGUUUGCAAAGAACCUCGCAGCUGAGCUUCACCCUGGGACUGUGAGGCUUUCCCACCCGGUCAAGAGCAUCAUACAUUCCGACGACUGCGUCUUGGUCUACACGGCGAAUAGGAAGCAAUUCAGGGCCGACAGGGUCAUUGUGUCGAUUCCUACGCCUCUGUAUCCCCGGAUCCACUUCGAGCCUGAGCUCCCGCUCGCGAAGAAGGCCCUUGGAGACUCGAACAAGCUAGGCUGUUACUCGAAGACAGUCUUCGUGUUUUCUUCGGCUUGGUGGCGAGAGGCUGACCUUUCGGGCACUGUCAACUCGCCUGGUCUGAUCACCUUUUCCCGCGACACCGUCGUUCCCGAGGAUGAGCAGUAUAGCAUCACAUGCUUCCACCUUGACGCGCCUGGUCUAGAAUGGUCCAAGCUCCAGGGUCAUGAGAAACAAGAUGCGGCCUGGAGAGAGUUCCACAAGAUGUUUAGUGUUGUGGUUGACAAGGUCCCCAAGCCGACCAAGGUGAUUCAGCAGGACUGGACACUUGAGCCAUGGGCGUGGGGUGCGCCGAGCCCUUUCAUGGUUCCCGGCAUCAUGUCUGGAGAGCCUGGCCAGUCUAUUCGAGAUCCGGUGGGACACGUACAUUUCAUCGGAUCGGAGACGGCGCUUGUAUGGAAGGGGUACAUGGAGGGGGCUCUGCGAUCGGGAGUUCGGGGUGCACAGGAGGUUAUUGAGGCGUUUGCUUAA